CGGCUGGCAUAGUUUGGCAUAUAGUUUAGCAUCAGCGGUAAUCAACAAAGUUAUUGCCGGUUAUUACACAAUUUCCCAUAAUUUUUGUGUGAAUAUCUGUCAGUGUAUCUAGAUAUUGGAAAGUUCUAUUACUAUAAUCGAAAAUGAGUAAAGCACAUCCACCAGAGCUUAAGAAAUACAUGGAUAAAAGAUUAUCCCUAAAGUUGAAUGGCGGUCGGCGUGUUGUUGGAAUAUUGAGAGGUUUUGAUCCAUUUAUGAACAUGGUCAUAGAUGAAAGUAUAGAAGAAUGCAAGGAUGGUACUAAAAACAAUAUAGGAAUGGUGGUAAUUCGUGGCAACAGCGUCAUAAUGUUAGAAGCUUUGGAUCGAAUAUAAUACAUAUUUUACUAGAACUUAUGUUUAUCU